UGUCCAUGUGAACUUGCCUUUACUCUCUCUACCGUACGCAUCUCACACAGCCCACAGAGAAAUCAGAAAGUAUUCGUUGUUCGCAUAACGAGUCUGGCUUUGGCCUUGUUCUUUCUUCUUCCCUCUUAUCCCUGCAUUGAUUGUCUCUAGCGGGGGAACUUGUCACUUUCCAGAUCCAAGGUCCAUUUCUGGACGAUCAUGGAGCUCAAGCACCAGAAACAAUAUCAGCCUCACAGACUGGCGUCACAGGCUAGCCUCUGUCUACAACUGCCUUUCUCUGCAUUCCUUCUUACUUUGUUCUUUUCUUUGGCAUGUGCUUCGCCUUCCUUAAACCAGGAAUUGGGUGCUAUAAAACCUAGGCAUUCACGUCUUCUCAGGAGUGCGGUACAACGUGAAACUUCAGCGCCACAACUUUCUAAUCUUUGGAGUCCUCUAGAAAGUCAAGGAUGGAAAACUUGCGUUAAACCUAGCAAUGUUCCAUCAUUACCAGAGAAGUCUGAGGGAUUUAUCCAGGUAUUUCUUGAUGGAGGGUUGAACCAGCAAAGGAUGGGGAUAUGUGAUGCAGUUGCCGUUGCAAAGAUACUGAAUGCAACUCUUGUAAUCCCAUACCUUGAAGUAAAUCCUGUUUGGCGUGAUUCAAGCUCCUUCAUGGAUAUAUUUGAUGUGGAUCACUUCAUUGAUGUAUUGAAGGAUGAUAUUUCUAUAGUUAAAGAGCUUCCUGAAGAAUUUUCCUGGAGCACAAGGGAGUAUUAUGCUGCUGCUAUACGCGAAACGAGAAUCAAGGCUGCUCCUGUCCAUGCAACAGCCCAAUGGUAUCUGGACAAUGUUUUGCCUGUCCUACAAAGUUAUGGCAUUGCUGCAAUUGCUCCAUUUUCACACCGCCUCACUUAUGACAAUCUACCAAUGGAUAUUCAGCGGCUACGCUGCAAAGUCAACUUUCAAGCAUUAGUCUUUGUUCCUCACAUCAGAACACUUGGAGAUGCUCUCAUAAGCCGCCUUCGCUACCCUCAAUAUUCUGCUGGAGAAAUGGGCAGAACCUACCUUCAAGAGAGCACUGAAGCUAGUAACAGCGGGAGUGCAAGAAAGUUUGUUGUUUUACACCUUCGCUUUGAUAAGGAUAUGGCAGCCCAUUCAGCCUGUGAUUUUGGUGGGGGUAAAAUUGAGAAAUUGGCUCUUGCAAAGUAUCGACAGCGGAUCUGGCAAGGAAGGGUUCUUAAUUCCCAAUUCACUGACGAGGAGUUGAGGAGCCGGGGCCGUUGCCCAAUGACUCCAGAAGAGAUUGGGUUGCUGCUGGCAGCUUUGGGAUUUGAUAACAGCACCCGUUUGUAUCUUGCCUCUCACAAGGUAUAUGGCGGAGAAGCACGAAUUUCAACUUUGAGAGAAUUAUUUCCUCUGAUGGAAAGCAAAAGGAGCCUUGCUUCAGCAGAUGAGCGAUCACUGAUAAAAGGAAAAGCUUCUCUAUUAGCAGCUGUUGAUUACUAUGUUGGCAUGCAUAGUAACAUCUUCAUCUCUGCUUCCCCUGGAAAUAUGCAUAAUGCAAUGGUUGGACACCGAACUUACUUGAACUUGAAGACUAUAAGGCCAAACAUGGCAUUAAUGGGCCAACUCUUCCUGAAUAAGAGCAUUGAUUGGUCAGAGUUCCAGCAAGCAGUGGUUGAAGGGCACCAAAAUAGACGAGGUGAACUCAGGUUGAGAAGGCCAAAACAGUCCAUAUAUACUUAUCCUGCUCCUGAUUGCAUGUGCCAAGCAUAGUAUAUUUAAUUUUCCACGGAUGUAGUCUAUGUAUUUUAUAUUUAUAGUCGAGUGUCUUGAUUAUUUGACAUUUGUGACUGGUGAAUAAAUGCAUUUCCACUCAUUAUCAUA